AUGCCCGGCAGUGACUCGGAUCAGACCAUUGUCAGCCAGGCGACGCCUCACAUUCGCAUUAAUUCCGGGUGCCAUGAUCCGUUCGACGAGUUGGACGAGAGUUUAAGCCCGCUCAAUGGGUCAAGCUUGCAUCGGACUAUCAGCUCGAAUGGACCCGAGGCGCAUUUGCCUCUCGGCGCACAAGGCGUCUCUCCAUACGGAGGUGCACCUGCACCGGAUUCCUCCGAGUUCCUUCUACCGCCCAAAUUGCGACCGACGCCGCGUGAUGGCCAGGACCGAUCAGGAUCGCCGGACAGGUGGUCCUCACGAUCAAGAGGACAAUCAAGUGUCAGCUCCCUGAGUCGGGAAAGCCGGUUCCAGUUCAACCCUUUCGAGGACUACUCAUUGGCGCCAAGUCGUACCGACAGCGAAGAAUACGACGUGAACACGCAGACUGUUUCAGAGAAGUUCAAUAUAAUGCCUACCGAUGGCUUGCUAUUGUUUCCCGAAGACGUUGAGAAGGAUGAUUAUCUGCAUAACCCCGAUCCUGCCGACAAGGACCGGGACUGUGAUAUUUGGAAUCGAAGGGGCAUGGUGAAUCUCGGAGGGCUUGUCUUACUGACCGUGGGCAUCUUGGUGUUAUUUAUCGGGUACCCAGUCAUCACUUGGGUCGAGGGUUUGACGAAACCUGCUCCAGUAUGCAGAGAUGGAGACUAUCUUUGCCUCGAUGUGGGGGAAACGCCUUUACUCAACAACAUUCGGCGCGGAUUGAUCGACCCUGACACUCCCAAGGAAGCAAUGACCAAGAUGAAUGCCGACGGCAGGGAGUGGAAGCUAGUGUUUUCGGACGAGUUUAAUAUGCCCGGUCGCUCCUUUUACGACGAAGAUGAUCCUUUCUUUCAAGCAGUCGACCUUUGGUAUGGCGUGACGAUGGACAAAGAGUGGUACGACCCUGAUGCGGUUACUACAAAUGACGGAGUCAUGGAGAUUCGCUUCGAUAACUUCAAGAACCAUGGCCUUCAGUAUCGAUCUGGCAUGGUCCAAAGUUGGAACAAACUCUGCUUCAAAGGAGGUCGUCUAGAAGCCAGUCUUUCUCUUCCAGGUGACGGUCAUAUUCAAGGAUUCUGGCCUGGAUUCUGGGCCAUGGGCAACCUGGGUCGUCCUGGCCAUGCGGCGACCACCGAUGGCAUGUGGCCGUACAGUUAUCACGAUGGAUGCGACGCCGGCAUCACUCCCAACCAAAGUUCUCUCGAUGGUAUCAAUUUCCUCCCUGGAAUGAGACUUCCGGGAUGUGCAUGCCCUGGUUCCGAUCAUCCGACCCCGGGUCGCGCUCGAAGCGCGCCUGAAAUCGAUGUUAUCGAAGGCAGCACCGCCCCUCUCAACGAAAACGGACCCUUUGUCGGCACAGCUUCCCAGUCUUUACAGGCAGCUCCAUUUGACCUGUGGUACAUGCCUGACUACGGUGCGUAUUUGAUCAAUUCUUUCCUUGUCCAGGCACAGUUCUUUUGGGGAUCCCGGCGGCUAACAAUAUUCCUUUGGCUAGACUAUACUGCCGUUUACGAUACAUCUAUCACUCAGAUCAAUGCCUAUCGUGGUGGUAUCUACCAGCAAGCCAUGUCGGGCAUGUCGACCUUGAACAGCCGCUGGUAUAACGGCACCGAAUAUCAAAGCUUUGGCUUUGAAUACCACCCAGGAGCGACCGGCAAUGUCACCUGGUUCAUCGGGGAGAAUAAGACGUGGACACUGGAUGGCCGUGCCAUCGGCCCCAAUGGCAACAUUGGCCAAAGAAUGAUUCCCCUGGAGCCGAUGAGUAUGAUCAUGAACUUGGGUAUGGCAGACAACUUUGCGCCUCAGAAUUCAAGCAUCCGCGAGUACAUGCCGGCCUUUUUGCGGUUUGACUAUGUCCGCAUCUAUCAGGAUCCCAACGACAUCAGUGUGACUUGUGACCCACCUGGUUAUGAAACUACGGCCUAUAUCAAAGAACAUAUCAAGGCGUACGAGAACCACAAUUUGACGAUUUGGUAA